AUGGCAAUGCCUAUGUAUGCUAUGACCUGCUUUAAACUUCCGGUGAAGCUCUGUAAAGAUCUUACCAGUGCCAUGAUGACUUACUGGUGGAGUACAGAGGAGAAUAAGAGCAAGAUUCAUUGGGUAGGCUGGGAGAAAUUAACGCUGCCAAAGAAGGCUGGGGGCUUGGGAUUUCGCGAUAUCCAAGUUUUCAACCAAGCUUUGCUUGCCAAACAAGCCUGGAGAUUACUGCAUGACCCCCAAAGCCUGUUCAGCCGGUUCUUUAAAAGUCGAUACUAUGCUGAUGGUGAUCUGUUGUCUGCUUCUAGUGGUCGCGGAGCAUCAUACGGGUGGAGGAGCAUCAUCUACGGCCGAGAACUUUUGAGGAAAGGGCUGAGACGCUCGAUAGGUAAUGGGAAAGCUACUCUGGUAUGGGUGGACAAUUGGCUCUAUGACGGCAUCCCAAGUCGACCUGGAGGAAGGCAUUCCUUGAUGAACAUAGAGUUACGAGUCUCUGAUCUUAUUGAUGAGACGAGGCAGAACUGGAAUAUGACUAUACUCAGGGAGCUUUUCUGUCGGGAUGAUAUUGAGCUCAUCUGUAGGCAGAGGCCAUAUACUUCCAGAGAAGAUUCCUUUGUGUGGACAGGUACGAAGAAUGGGGUGUAUACAGUGAAGACGGGAUAUGAUCUCAUGAUGAUGGAGAGGCUGAGAACCAGAGGCAUUAGGGGAGAUUUGGGAUGUCUACUCUGUCAGCAUGAGUUGGAGUCGAUAAAUCAUAUCCUUUUCGAGUGUCCACAGGCAAGAUUGGUGUGGGCCUUAUCUAAUGUUCCAUCCCCGGAAAAUGGGUUUUGCAGUUCUUUAUUUGAAAACCUAAAUUUAUUCGGGGUAAUGGCGAGGAAGGAUGUACCGGAGGAUAUUCGCUCUGUUCCUCCAUGGGUCUUAUGGGUCCUAUGGAAAAAUAGGAAUGCAAUGGUAUUCGAGGGUAAGCGGUUUGAGCCACAUGAAGUCGUUGGAAAGGCUUUUGAUGAUGCAAGACAGUGGUCUAUGGCGCAAAACCGUGUUGAGAAUAUAAUACCGGCAACGGAACCGGUGGUGAUGCGAUGGUCACCGCCUGAAACAGGACAUUUUCAAAUGCAAUAUUGGUUUCUCAUGGUCACAGUCCAAGGCUAUAUCUGGUGCUUCGUGGGUCCUACGUGA